AUGGAUUAUCACAAAGAUGUUGAUAACCACUAUCAAAGUCUAGUUAUUGAGAACUCACUGAUUUGUUAUUUAUCAAUGAAAAUAAGAAAUCACCAUGUAAUUGAUUCAAUGGCUUUAAUACAUUUACCAAAUGGGCCAACUGCUUAUUUCAGGCUAACAAAUGUGAAAUUAAGUCAUGAAAUUUAUGGACAUGGAAGAUCUUCAAAUCAUAAACCAGAAUUAAUAUUGAAUAAUUUUAAUACAAGACUUGUUCAUACUAUCAGUAGAUGGUUUCAAGCUUAUUUCAUCAUGUGCCACAAUUUCAAGGAAGACAGGUUGCUACAUUUCACAAUCAAAGGGAUUUUAUAUUUUUUAGACAUCACAGAUAAAGUAGAACUACAAGAAAUUGGUACAAGAUUUACUCUCAAGCUUAAAUGGUUACAAAAAGGAACUUUUAAUAAGAACAAUGAAUAUGAAUGA